UGGAAUUGCAAGGAAGAGGAAUAGUCCAAAAUAUGACACAUGAGAACUUAGGAGAAGGAGGAGAAGAAAAGAAUAAUACUAUUGAGGUAUCUCAAGGGAAAGUUCAGAAUAAUUGCACUGCUUCACAAGGAACAGUAACAGGUGGAGGGCCAAAAAAUAACACAGAAACUUUCAACAAAUGAUUCAAAAAAUUCAACCACACAUGACAAAUUUCUUGAUGGACUUUUAGCUUCUGGAUUUGAUGAAUCAACAUGCCUAAGCAGGUAUCAAUCCCAUUUAUACCGCAAACCUUCUAAUCACAAGCCAUCUCCAUAUUUGAUAUCUAAACUCAGAAACUAUGAAGAAUUUCACAAAAGAUGUGGACCAAACUCUAGAGCUUACAAAAUAUCCAUGCAAAAAAUAACAACCCCAAGUUCUAAAACACAUCAUCAUCAUCAUCACAAUGAUAAUGUUGAUGCUGCAAAGUGCAAAUAUCUUGUAUGGACACCUGCAAAUGGACUGGGAAAUCGAAUGAUUAGCAUCGCCGCCGCCUUCCUCUUCGCCGUCCUCACAGACAGAGUUCUGUUGGUAAGAUUUGAAGCAGAUAUGAAUGGCCUAUUCUGUGAACCAUUUCAUGGGUCAACUUGGAUUUUGCCUAAGAACUCACCCUUUUGGAACCAUGAGAAUAUUGACACAUAUCAAAGUGUAGUGUUAGCUAAGGUGGACAAAGCUAGAAACUUGACAUUGGAUCAAUUGUUAUUGCCUUCUGUUCUGUUUAUUAAUCUACAACAUACAAAAGAAGAUCCUGAAAUCUUUUUUCAUUGUGAUCAUAAUCAAGAAGCUCUCAAGAAAGUUACUGUCUUGAUUGUUCAAUCAGAUCAGUACUUUGUGCCUUCUCUGUUCAUGACUCCAUCUUUUAGUCAUGAUAUGAACAAGAUGUUCCCGGAAAAGGAUGCCGUUUUCCACCACGUCGGCCGGUACCUUUUCCACCCUUCGAACCAGGCGUGGGGACAAAUUAGUAAAUUCUAUGAUGCAUACUUGGCGAAAGCAGACGAGAGGAUUGGACUACAAGUAAGUAGUGACGGAUUCAAAAAAUUGUUACUAAAAGCAUAAAGAAAAAAAGAAUAAAAUAUAUUUUUUUUACUAUUCAAUGUAUUAUUUAUGGCGAAAACUCAAGUGCAGUCAAUUUCACGUGAAAUUGAUAGUUGAGAGCCGUUAGAUGAAAAUUUAGUCAAUUCAGUCAAAUUAUCUAACAGCUCUUAGUUAUCAACUUCACAUGAAGUCGACUACACCUGAAUUUCCACCAUUAUUUAUAAUAGUAACAAAUACGAGAUUAGUUAAGACUAUAAAAAUAUUUACAUAU